AUGGCUCUCACAGUGCCCCCCCCCCAUUUUACCCUCCCCCCGGCUUCCCCCUUCCCCACCUUCCCCUCUUCCCCAGUGCCCAACUCCCCAGCAGCCCUGUAUUUCAAGAACGUAGCAGUGGCGAAGCGGAGGGGCGCGGGCAGCAAGGGGCGGGUGCAGCCGCCCACACCCUCACCCCUUCCCUCCCAUUCCUCCCCUCCUUCCCCCCCGUUCCUCCCCCAGUGCCCAACUCCCCAGCAGCCCUCCCCGCGGCCCUGUAUUUCAAGAACGUGGCGGUUGGCGAAGUGGAGGGGCGCAGGCAGCAUGGCCACCUCUCAAUUCCCUUCCACACCCUCCCGUGUCUCCCCCUCCUCCUCUCUCCCUCCCCCCAGUUCCCAACUCUCCAGCAGCCCUCCCCGCGGCCCUGUAUUUCAAGAACGUGGCGGUGGCGAAGUGGAGGGGCGCGGGCAGCAAGGGGCGGGUGCAGCUGCCCGGGGGGAAGGAGGAGCAGGAGGCAGUGCGGGUGCAACUGGUGGAGGUGUUAUUGCGGGAGCAGGAGGGGUGCAACUGGUGGAGGUGCUACUGCGGUGCACCCAGGGGAAGAUUCUCAGCGUGCUCAUGGAAGCGUUCUCUGCCGUCUUCUCUGCCGUUGUGCGCACCGAGUUGGCUUCCCCGUCGGGCUGGCCGCAGCUGCUUCCAGGCCUCAAAGCAGCGCUGCUCUCCAGCGAUCUCAUCCGAGCCAUCGGUUCCGCCUCCGCCGCUGCUCCUGGGCCGUCGGAUCCCGCCUCUGCUGCAGCGACAUUCUCUACAGUCACUGUGCUCACAGUCCUUCGUGCUGUCACGAAGCCAUACAGGUACUUCCUGGAUCCUACCAACGACAAGGAGCCGGUGCCGCCUGUGCUGGAAGCAAUCGCAUCGGACCUGCUGCUGCCGCUCAUGCCACUCAUGCACCACCUCAUUGCGGCCCAGGCACAACAGUCAAGCCCCCGAGCACCAUCUGCGCAUGAUGAAGCGCUGCUGCUUAUUCUCAAGACUCUCCACCUCUCUGUUCAGAGCCACAUGCCAUCAGCCAUCCGCAAGCACAUAGACAGCAUUGUCCCAGAGCUGCUGCUGCUGCUCUCACACUGCCCGCCCACCCUCGCAGCAGCGGUAGCAGCAGCAGGGCAGGAGGAGGGGGAAGUGAUGGAUGGGGAAGGGGGGGCAGAGGGGGGAGGUGCAGCAGCAGUGUGGGAGGUGCGGCUGAAGGGGUGCAAGCGAGCGCUGCAGAUCUGCCAUGCUCUGGCCAGCCGGCACCAGAAGCUGACAAACAAGCACUUUCCUGCCAUGGUGGACGGCAUCACAGGCAUCGUCUGCAACUCACUGUGGACCAAUAAGCUCCCAUUAGCAGCGCGUCGUGUGAUCGCAGUGGCGUUCACCGCCAUCUCUCAAGUGCUCGACUCCGCUCCGGGCUGGAAGGUGGUGGCUCCGCAGUUCGCCCACCUGCUAGAGGCCGCCAUCUUCCCCGCUCUCUGCCUGCACCCCCAGGAUUUGGAACUCUGGGAAGAGGACGAGGAGGAGUACGUGCGACGGAACCUACCCACGGAUCUAGAUGACAUGGAUGAGAUGGAGAGCUAUGACCCGCGGCAGUGUGCUGCUCACCUGCUGGCGCUCAUCGCCACGUCCAAGGGAAGCCCCGCCAAGGGUAAGCCGGGCGCAGCAGGAGCAGCAGCUGGCAAAUCCACGUCGCCAGCAGCGGGCAGAAGGAGACAACGAAGGCCGGCCGCUACCAAGGACACUGACGCAGCAGCAGCUACAGUGGUGCUUCCGUUCCUCUCCAGGUUCCCUCUCCCAGCUGAUGCUGCCGUGCCAAUGGAAGGCAUGUUUGUGGCGGGGGCAGGGGGAGGCCAGGCUCCUGCCAACCCUGCCAGUGCUGCUGUUGUCCACUACUUCGGCGUUCUGCAAGCCUAUGCAGCCAUGAAAGAGUACUUUGAGCGCCAGCCAGCCCACCUGGAGCAGCUGCUGCCAGCUCACGUGCUGCCCCUCUUCUCGCAGCGCCACGUCAGCGCGGUCCUGUUGGCCUCUGCCACGUGGCUGCUGGGAGAGCUCUCCACCGCCCUGCCCGAGUCCCUGCACAACCCUGUGUACGAGGCGAGCAUGAAGGCCAUGGCAGCAGGGGACGUGGAUGGGCAGUCCUGGGCGGCUGUGCGCACUGCUGCGUCGCACUGCAUCUCUUACCUCAUCCAGAAUGAAGUGGAGCCAUCUGAUUGGCUGGCGUUUCUGCAAGCAGUGGUGGCAGCAACAAGAGCGGGGGAGGAGAGGGAGGCGGUGAGGGCGCUAGACCUGCUGGAGUCUGUGGCAGUGGAAGGGGGCGAGGGGGUGCACGCCCACCUGCCCGCCAUCAUUGCUGCUGUUGCAAAUGACACCUGCGCAGCUCUGCCUCCCCCGGAUCAGCCCUGGUCGCAGCGUGUGUGGGCGCUCUUCUCUGCACUCGCCUCGCUGGUCGAGUCAUGGGCUGAUGAUGACCUGCCAGGGGACGAUGACGAGGAGGAGGAAGGGGAGGAGAGGGAUGGGAAGGAGGCAGCAGGGGCGGAGGAGAGGAGUCGCCGGGCAGUGGAGGUGGCUGCGUCUGUGGCUCGCGUGCUGCGAGUGGCCUGGCUGAACGAACCUGUGGACCCAUCUCUCGUGAAGCCACAGGCAGCAGCCACUCUAGAAGGCGAGGAGGACAAGGAGCCGCCCCCCACGUCAUGGUUCGAUGCCUCUCUGCUGCUCUCCUUCGUCCUCAAAGCCGCUGCCAACGCCCCAGCUUCACCUUCCUCCACCUCUGCUGCUACAGGCGGGGAUGCAGCAGCGCUGGUGGCGCAGUGGGGGGUGGUGCCGUUGCUGCACAAGUGGGUGGAGCUGGUGGCGGAGUGGACGGCAUGGGAGGAGGAUGAGGACGAGGCGGUGUUUCAGACCAUCGACUCCUUGUUGCUGCUGCAGGGGAGGACGCCAGUACCGGAUUUCAUAUCCAGAGCCACUCCACCGCCUCCCCUGCCGCCCGUGCCGGCACGCUCCAUCCUCGAAGGCGUCGCGUGCUUCAUCUCAUCCGCGCUAUCUGACGGCUCUCCUGCUGCCACGUGGCGAGCAUCCAGGCACUCGCACACGCUCCUAAACGCUGCUGCUGUGGCGCUCAACGGAGGGCCUGCUGCCGCUGCUCUGGCUGCUCGGUUUGCCGAGGCCUCUCUCACUCGCCUCUCCACCGCCCCCUCCCUCUCCUCCAUCCGUUACAUCACCAAGCCUCUUCUCCUCGCCCUCUUCUCCUCCCUCCUCGCCUCCCCCUCCUCCGUCUUCCCCCUCCUCCUCUCCCCCGCACCUGCUGGCGACAAGGGGAAGGUGGAGGCGGGGCAAGAGGAAGGGGAAGGAGAAGGGGAGAAGGAAGAAGGGUUGAUGUUGGGAGUGGUUGUGCGCGGUGUAGAGAGCUUGCUGGCGCUGCAUGCGGAACCAGGGUUGGUUCUCGAGUCAGAGCUGAAGCUCACAGUGCUCGCGCUCACGUGCUUGGUGCAACAGUCAGCAGCAGCAGCAGCAGUGACAGGGUCAGACCUGCCAGCAGCAGUGCUGGCAGCAGCAAUGGCAGCAAUGGUGCGGCUGAAGGAGGUGAAGGAGGAGACAAGCAGCAAGGAAGGGAGCGAGGAGGGGGAGGAGGACGAGGAGGACGAGGAAGAGGAGGAUGAGGACGAUGAGGAGCCCGCGUUGGACGAGAAUCUCGACGAUGCUGAGCUGGAGGCGGCGCUGAUGAGGCGAUACGCGGAGGCGGCGAAGAUGAUUGGCUCCCUGGAGGAGGACGAGGCUGACGUGGAGGAUGAAUACGGGGUUGAGCUGGAGCUAGGCCUCACAGGGCUGCAGGACGAGCAGGCGGGCAUCAGGGCGUGUCUGCAGCAGCACUGGGCGGCUCUGGGUCGCCAGGUCGUGGCACUCAAGCCAUCGCUCUCCUCCAACUUUGCCGAGGCCUUCCCUCCAGCCAAGCCAUUCCUUCUUUGA